AUGCCUAACAUUCUCAUCCUCGGCGGUACCGGCUAUCUUGGCCUUUCUCUCGCCAAAUCCUUGCUCCGGGCAGGCACUUACACAGUCUGGGGCACUGCACGGAGUCCGGAAAAAGCAAAGAACUUGCUCGUCAACGAAAUCACCCCAGUGGAAGACGAUAUCACGAACCCCGAAACCCUGAGCAAAGUCAUCUCCACAAACUCCAUCGACGUCGUGGUUGACGCGUCGUCCGCCUACGAGCAUUACGGCCAAAUCCUCGCUGCAGUUACCAACGCAUCCAAGGCCCGCCAAGAGGCUCUCUCAAAAGAAUAUAUCAUUGCUCCCAAGCUCGGCUUUGUCUACGUGUCAGGAUCUUGGGUUCACGGCUCACCUCCUACCCGUGUCAGCGACCUUUCUCCAGUCGGCAGCAAAUUGUCCGCAGACAAACCUGCCACCGCCACCGCGUGGCGACCAGCUCAUGAACAGGCGAUUCUCGCCGCCCAAGAUACCUUGGACGUGGCGAUCGUUCGACCCGGUGCCAUGUAUGGUCGCAGCUCCUGGGUAUUCGAUACCUGGUGGAGUGUUUUGUCAGAAGCUUUGAAGACCGGGACUACCGGCCCGAUCCAAGUGCCCGCUGAUAAGGCUGCCCGGACUGGGAUCGUCCAUGUGGACGAUGUCGCGGUUGGUAUGCACGCGAUCAUUGACCGCCUCGAUGGUCGAUUAGGCACAUGGCCGAUAUUUGAUCUUGUAACCGAGACUGUUUCCAUGGUCGAGAUCAUGGAAGCCGCAAAGGCCGUGCUAAAUGUGAAGGCGUCUCUGGAGUAUACUGGCACUCACGGGAACCCGUUCUUGGAGGCCCUGAGUUUAGUCUGCAAUUCGAACGCAUCUCGAGCGAAGAUUGUGUUGGGAUGGGACCCAAAGCGCACUGAGUUCUUGCUGAACAUGUCAACCUACGUCAAUGCGUGGCAAGCUUCGCGAUAA